CUCAUACUAUAAACUGAGCGGUCGCCUGAAGUGUUAUCAGUUAGAUAUCGGACUUGACUAAGUUCUACAGACAUGCACGUCCUCGCUUUUACCCUUCUCGUCGUGCUUUUUCCAGCAGUAUUUUGCGUCGACUGCUCAACUCGUCCCGACGGAGCUUACGAUCGCGGUUGUCGUGAGUUCAUUCACUGUCUGAACCACGUGGCCAACGUGAUAACAUGUCACCACAAGCUGGUCUUCAACAGCAAUACGGGCAGGUGUGACGAUCCACUCAACGUUCCACCGCCAUGCGGAAUCCUCAAGGACUGCACCACGAAACAUGACGGGAGUUACGCUGAUGUAUCAGAACACUGUAGAUCAUAUUACACCUGCCAUGCCGGCACCUUCUUUGGACACAAUUUCUGUACACCAGGUACAGUUUUUAAUGAAGAACUUCAAACCUGCGACUGGCCGAGUGACGUCAAAGCACCAUGUGGUACAAAACCCUGAAAGAUGGUCGUUCAGAUGAUAUUGAAGACAAGAAAACAUUUAAACAACUAUAUACAUAUUUAUGUUACGAAUACACCAUAGAUAAAGUCCAAUAAACGGAAUGUUAUAACGUCUUA